AAUGGCUGAUUAAUUAUUCUUUUAUCCACUUUGUUCUUUAGAGCGUAAAUUUCCUUAUCUUUACGUACUUGAGAUUGCAGGAGUACAUACCUUACAUUAUAUUCUUAGAUAAAAAUAAUGUGGAGUUAAGGAUUCCCUCUUAAUGAUCUAUUGUAUUUAACUAUUCACUAGAAACUCAAGAAAGUCAAAUUAAAUGAAUCUAAAGAUUAUUCAAUUAAAGAAGGAGAACACUUAUUUAUGAAUAACACUGUUAGAUUUGAUUUACAAUUCAUUAAUCACAUUAUUUUUAAUGAGAUUGAUGUAUUUCUUGUUUGCACAUAAAUAGAUCUUUUAUUGCUUAAUUACUUGGUUAAAUUAAAGUAAUUCAAACCUUAAAUUAUAUGCACAAAUGCUACUUAUCUUUUAGGAUAACAUUUCAUUAAAGAACUUUAUUAAUGGUCAGAAAUUAGAAAUAGACAUUUCUAUUCAUUCUAAGAAAAUUAUAACAAAGAAGAAGAAUCUUUCAAAGUAUUUGAAGAAUUAUAUUAAACAAACUAUUAAGAAUUUACAGAAGCAUUUCCAUUUAAAGAAAUAGAUUGUACACUUGUCAAUUAUGGAUAAAUUGUUAAAAUUCCAUUACUUCAAGUAUUAUUAUAACUAUCUAGAUAUAAGAAGUAAUAGCAAUUGAAUCAUAAUCCACUGGAACAGGAAUUGGAGAUUCAUCAUUCAUAAUAUCACUUGGAAAUUAUUUCAAAAUUGCUAUUGCCAAUGGUCUUAAUAAUACUAAUUUUAAUUUUGUUCAUAAGGAAAUAUCAUUAAAAUUAAAAGAUGUUGAUUAUCUCAUUUAUGGUCUUCCAUAAAAUAGAAUUCAUCAAUCAUUUUUAUCUAAAACCUAUGAACUUUUAUAAUAUGGCUUAAAUGUUGUCAUCCCAUUCAAUUCAUAUUAAACUAUUCUUGAUUUAUAAGAUGAAAUGUAAAUAUUAUUAUUAUUCUAAAUAGCGAUGAUAAUUUACAACAUAAAUGUUUUAAAAUAUUCAUAAUCAGCUCAGAAUUUCAUAAUUAUACUCUGAUAGCUAAUUCAUUAGUUGAGUACCUAAAUAAGAAAUUAUAAUAAAGUAUUUUGAAAGAUAACCCUCAAAAUCCUUUUAACAAGAUUUUGUAUUUAAUAAAAGCAUAAAAAAUAAUUGUUGCACCUUCUAUUGAAAAAAUAAAAUUUGAAGGGUUUUCUCUUAAAGAAACUUUGAAAGGAAUAACACCAAGUGUUUUUUUUAUUUUUGACAGUAGUCUUAGAUUGGCUUAAGCUUUAUUUCUCUUUGAUCUACUUGAACAAAUAGGUUAAAUGACAACAAUUUAUACCCAAAAAAUCAAUAAUACAGAUAUAACAUUUGGUUUAUAAUUAAUUGAUCCUGAUUUCUAUGAUGAAAAAUUAUUACAUUAAAUCAGAUCCUCGUAUAAAUUUAGUCUUGCUUAAGCACCUAUUAGUAACUAACCUUAAUUUAUUCCUUGGCCAGAUUCUUACAUUAAGACUUUUUUAAUUCCAGAAUCAACUACAAUUUAAACAAAAUCAAUAGUGCUUAAUUAUAAAAUGCUUUAAAAAAUAACUUUAAAAAUCAGUUAAAUUAUUGUCCCAAUAAAACCAUAAUUAAUUGGUUCUGGAAAAAAUAUCAUCGGUAAUAUAGAACUUAGUAAUGUUAAAAUGAAUAUCAGUGAUAAUAAUGAGGCAGAAUUUAAAAAAUCUAAUCCUCCUGAUAUUUAAUAUAUAGUAGGUAACAUUUCAGAAGAAACAAUCAGAAAAAUCUCUGAAGAAAUUCAAAAAUAUAUUGGUCUCUUUCCAAGAUACUCAUCCCUAGAAAAUAUUGAAUUUAUUAAUGUAGACAACCAAAUAUGUGCAAAAGUUGAGAUUUUAUAAAAUGAAACUAAGGUUUAUGCGAAGACAUAAGAUGAUAUUAAGAGAAUAUCUGAUAUUGUAUUUAGAUGUUUAGCUAUUCGCAAAUUAUGA